AAAAUGGAGCUUCAUCUCAGCUGCUAUGCCUUUGAGUUUGACUUAGCAAUUCCCCAUAGUUGCAGCUACUUUUGAUUUGGGUUUUCUUUUCCCCAAUUAAAAAGGCUGAAUUUGAUGCUAAUCAAUCGACUGUUCUGAUGCUUAUGCUGCUGGCUGCCUGGCAUCAAUGUCUGUUGCCUGCUGCAUUCCACUAGUCGAAUGUGUGUCCUGCCUAGCGUGCGUCCGUUGGGUGUGGAAGAAAUUCCUCUACACCGCGGGGCAAGAGAGCGAGAAUUGGGGGGCAGCCACCCCCGAAGAGUUCGAACCGAUCCCCCGCCUCUGCCGCUACAUCCUCUCCGUUUACGAGGACGACCUCCGGAACCCCAUGUGGGCCCCGCCCGAAGGCUACGGAAUGAACCCCGAUUGGGUCCUACUCAAAAAGGAAUACACCGACACACAGGGGAAAGUGUCCCCUUACAUGAUAUAUCUCGACCACGAGAAUUCGGAUAUAGUUUUGGCGAUAAGGGGCCUCGAUAUGGGGAAAGAGAGUGAUAUUCUGAUGUUGCUCGAUAAUAAGUUAGGGCAGACGACUUACGACGGUGGUUAUGUGCAUAACGGGCUUUUGAAGGCGGCUCAGUAUGUUUUGGAAGAAGAGUGCGGGGUUUUGAGGGGGCUCGUCGAGAAGUUUAGUGGGUAUAGUUUGACUUUUGCGGGGCAUUCGCUUGGUGCGGGGGUUGUGACUCUGUUGACUUUGUUGGCGGUCAAUAACAGGGAGAAAUUGGGAGGGAUCGAGAGGAAGAGGAUUAGGUGUUUUGCUAUUGCUCCUGCGAGGUGUAUAUCGUUGAACUUGGCGGUUAGGUAUGCGGACGUGAUUAACUCGGUUGUACUGCAGGAUGAUUUCUUACCACGGACGACAGUAGCACUCGAACACGCCUUCAAAUCACUUUUAUGUUUCCCUUGCUUGAUGUGCAUAAUGUGCUUAAAAGAUACUUGCACACUCGAGGAAAAGAUGCUUCAAGAUCCGAGGCGGUUGUACGCACCUGGUCGACUCUAUCACAUAAUCGUCAGAAAACCUUUCAGGUUUAAAAAAAUUACACCACUUGUAAGAACAGCUGUACCCGUGGAUGGAAGAUUCGAGCAUAUUGUACUAUCUUGCAACAUAAUAUCGGACCAUGCUAUUAUUUGGAUACUACAGGAAUCUCAAAGAACACUUACCUGUAUGCUGGAAAAAGAGCCAAUUAUGAAAAUUCCGGUUGCGCAAAGAAUGGAAAGGCAAGCCUCGAUUGCGAAAGAACACAUGCAAGAGCAUAUGGCCGCUAUAAAGAGGGCGGUUGCAUUGGAUGUUCCGCAUGCAAAUUCACCACCUUCGUAUGGAACUUUCCAAGAAUCGGAAUCGGAGGAAGGUGAAAAUUCGAAUGUGUAGACGGUUUUUUCGUAAAUUAAAAGGAAUUUUUGGAGAAUAUGGGGUAGAGUUUAGAAAGAAGAUAUUGUAUAAACCUAUGAAUAGCAGAAAUUGUGUUAGAGAAAAUGAGGAUUCAUUAUUUGAUUGGUAUGCAUUGAAAUGUAACUAGACAUUUACCAUGGUGAAAAUAAGAUGAUGUAGUUCGUUGUUUUAUGCAAUAACUAACAUUU